CUCAUGCCCUAUAUAAUACAAGAUCUACUCUACGAGUAUCCCGGUCUCUCCGGCUUAAUGGCGGCUGCUGUCUACAGUAGCUCUCUCAGCACGCUGUCAUCCGGGUACAACUCCCUAGCGGCUGUGACGUGGGAAGACUUUCUGCGCCCUUGCAUGAAAACUUCUGAAUCAUCCGCUCUGCGGAUAACUAAGGUGACCGCUGCUACGUAUGGAAUCCUUUCAAUGUCAAUAGCAUUCCUGGUCGGGACGAUGGAAUCCAUCAUGCAGGCUGCCUCGUCCCUGGGAGGUGCUUUGUGUGGUCCGCGGGUGGCCAUCUUUACCUUGGGCUUGCUUUUUCCCUGCUGCAAGAAAAAGGGUGUCAUCGCUGGAACAGUAGUGGCACUAAUGGUCACCACUUGGAUGGCAGUGGGAUCUGUACUGUAUCCGCGGAAGCGCUACACUCUGCCCACGACCACUGAGGGAUGCUCUCAUUUCAACGAGACCAUUACGUCCGGAUCGUUUGACCCACCGCCCCGUCCAAGUGGGAUCUACCAGCUCUACCACAUCUCUUUCAUGUGGUUCGCUUUCAUAGGAUUCAUCGUGCACAUGCUCGUCGCAGUGGCCGUGAGCCUAGCCUUCGAACGGAGUGGGUCGAAUGACGUAGAUCCUGCGUACGUGUAUCCUCUAGUCCGGAAAUACAUGGGGAUAACUCUGAUCACAAGGAACGACAGCCAGAGCCAGCUCAAGGAGGCCUUGUCAGUGAAGUCAUCGUCACCGAAGGAGCUUAAAGCACUGAUCUCGGAUCACGGCCAUUGCACUUGAGUGCUGCGUUGUACUACAGAUUACGUUGUCGAACCAGACUUCACCUCGCUCAAAGGUCAUGAUCUUCAGCAUAAUUCUACAGUGCUGGUGGAUCAGUGUAAUCAACACGUGGCCAUACCUGCUCCACAGCCAGCUGUACCGCUGCAAAAGUUUCUCUAACGCCCUUGCAUCAUUAUUGUGCCCACGUGACGCUAUCAAGAUCGGGGUGACAGCCGAGUUGCUGACUGCGCACUCGAACAGUGACGGGCUGUUUUAUGUAGGCCAAAAACUUCAACGUUGAGUGAACCACGGCAAGUUUCACCAUCGUCGUCCAUCACUGCCCGUCAGUGGAUCGUCGGUGCCGACUGUACGAUAAAGGUGUCCACUAAACGCGCUGACUGCUUCUUGCGAAUGUUUCAUAGAAGUGCUCUGGUAUUCAAGUGCCAU